UGGCACUCAAAGUCAGUAGCAGCAGGGUGCUGUGGAGUAGUGAGUUGAGGCAUGGAAGGAGAACACGACGACUCACAGAAGCUUUCGUUGUUUUACGAAUCCGGUAUAUACUACUUCGAUGAUUCAAACGCCGUUUUCGUCGACCCCGUUCGCGUUCUCAAUCGUUCCUACCACCGUUUCACCGUUUCUCCUUCUACCUACUAUUCCCGUUUCUUCAAAUCCCCAACAACCCCCAACUCCGUCUCCUCCACCGUUAGUUCCUCUCUCAGAAAACGGAAACGGAAACCCAAAGAGCCUCCACCUCUGAACGAAAGAGAACUAAUUGCUCUACAGCGUCACCAGGAAGCGAGGCCUUUGUUGUUGGCGGCACACGAGUGUUUGCUGAAAUCAACUGAACUGUUGAAUGUUUUGAAAACUUUAAAGAGUGAAUCGCGUUGCUCGAAGAAGGAGUGUGAGGGUGGUCAACAACACUCUUUCGUUGACCUGGGACGGGGGUCGCCUCAACUUGAGGUAACACUAAGUUUACGUGUUAGUGACGCUGACACUCACCUGCCCCCAAACGAGUUGGAAGAUUCGCUUAGUGUGCAAUGCUGUGAACAGAAGGUGCUACCUGCAUUCAAUAAUUUGGUUGCUAAUGACACCAAGGAUGAUGCGGUGGCUGAAAUUCUGGACAAUUGUUAUAUAGUGCCUCGGGAGAGUUGCUUUUACAUGUCUGAUCUGGGACAGAUUCGCAAUUUAAUUCCUGCUCACGCUGAUUCUGGUUUCAACCUGAUAGUGGUGGAUCCACCUUGGGAAAAUGCCAGUGCCCACCAGAAAUCAAGGUAUGCAACCUUGCCCAACAGGUAUUUUUUAUCCCUUCCUAUUAAGCAACUCACUCAUACUGAAGGAGCGAUUGUAGCCUUAUGGGUGACCAACAGAGAGAAGCUGCGUAGUUUUGUCGAGAGAGAGCUUUUUCCUGCCUGGGGAGUCAGCUAUGCUGCUACUUUUUAUUGGUUAAAGGUGAAACAAAAUGGAUCCUGGAUUUGUGAUUUAGAUCUCUUCCAUCAUAGGCCAUAUGAAUGCCUUAUCUUGGGAUAUAGUCCUGGGAAGGUAAAUAAUACCGAUAACCAAUCAAAAUUUAAACCUGUGAAGAAUGAUCGAGUGAUUAUGAGCAUUCCUGGGGAUUUCUCAAGGAAACCCCCAAUUGGAGAUUUAUUACUGGAGUACGUUCCUGGGCUCAAACCUUCUCGAUGUAUAGAGUUAUUUGCUAGAGAAAUUAUGGCUGGAUGGGUUGCUUGGGGAAAUGAACCCCUCUACUUUCAAGAUUCUAAAUACUUUGUCAAAAAGAUGGAUCAAUGAUUCUUGAGAAAAGAGAUUCCGUCCUUGGUGAAAAUCUAUUGUCAUGCCUGAAUUUUCAGCAUCUAUUUUUAGCCCUGCUUUAUUUUAUUUUUCUUCUUCUUUGCACGACUAAUGUUGAUUUCUCUGGCUGUCAACACCUUUUCCCCCUUGUUUUCUGCGGGUAAGGGAAGAAGCAAAGAUAUACUGAAGCUCUGCUUCGACUAAGAGAAUGGCUUUAAACGUUAUGCCAAUGUGAUGCUUAUUUUCCAUUUCGGCUCGCAGGAGAACUGGAUGGAAUUUUGUUUAGUUUAAA